AUGGCUCCGCGGGUGGCGUGGCAACUAUGCCUAUCUGCUGUAGUCGUGCUCGCGUCGCUCUGCUCGCUAAGUCGUGCUGACGUUACUCUUCCCGAUCCACAGCGACCCGGCCUCUUCUAUUUCUUCAUGUCCGGGCAGAUCGUGGUGGUGGACCCGGUGUCGCAGAAGGUGGUAACGAAGAUCAACCAGACGUCGCAAGGCGCCCCCGCGCCCUUCCCCAACUCCUGCCCCGGCCACCCCAUGCAAGGCACGUGGAACCGGCACACGACGGGAAUCGAUCAGCAGACCAUCUUCAUCACGGCCAGCUUCCAGCAGCCCACGCCGCUGCGACUGCCGGGGCUGUCGGACAUGGUGCUCGUCGUCAACACGUCGUCGCAGAGCGUCGCAGCGUCCGUCGCCGUGCCCGAUAUUCCCAACGACAUCGUCUUCGUGCCUGAAGUGGGAAGCGUGUUUGCCCACGCAGACGUCAACGGCACCUUCGCCGUCAUUUCCGCAGCGCCGCCGUACACGUUGCAGCGCGCGCGCUUCUCCUCCGAGUUCGCCGAGGCGGGCUACGGCCGCCUGCUCGCCGACUCGGCGCUGAACGGCAAGGCGUUCCAAACCGCGUCGCAGAUGCCGGGCGUGUUCUCGCUGAACCUGUUCACGCAGUCGUCCGACGUGCCGUUCCUCGACUUCACCCAGGCCAUGCUGCAGUCCCAGCCCUGGCUGCCGCCCGACACGCCCAUCUACUGCCCCGCGACGCGCGAGGCGGUGUAUUCGGCGGUGAAUCGGCGCGCGUACGUGUCGUGCGCCAAGGCGGGCAGCCCGCCCGACCCCAACGCGCCCGAGCCGGGGAUAGUCGAGAUCGCGGGCGACGACAGCGUGCCCGUCGGCUACCUAAACUUCAAGGCGGACAGGCUGUAUCUGACGCCGGACGAGACCUUCCUACUGGCCGUGGACAGCGGCGCGGGGGUGAUCCGCAUGGUGCAGAUGCUGCCGGGGGUGGGCAGCGACCAGGUGUUCUCGCUGCAGUGGCCUGACGUCACUCUGCCGCCCAACUCCAUGCCCGACAAGAUCCUCUUCUACCCCAAGGGGUCGUUCUACGUGGCGCUGGUGUCGCUGGUCCUGAAGGACAGCACGGCGGUGAUCGAUUUCAACAAGCUGCUCGCGUGUGGCGCGCAGUGCCCUCAAGACAACAUCGCCGCCGCCCUCACAUUCAUCAACACCGGCUACCAUGUGGCGCCACGUGCCAACAUGGAUUUGAGCAUAUCUUCGCGCAGCAUUGCAGUGGGGCAUCAGUUCGUGUGUGUGGCAGCCAAUCACGACAAGGCCGUGCACUGUAGCAACCUCGUUAACCCGGCGAACAACAAGAUCUACACCAACAUGUUUGAUGUGCAAGAUAUAGUGUUUGUGGAGGGCAAGUACCCGGGAGACCAGUCGUUCAUCCGCCCCAUCGACACCACCUUCGAUUGCUCCUCUGCACCCACCACACUAGACAAGCCGCCGCCACCCCCUUCGCCAUUGGACCUCGCUGUUGCCGCGCAUUUGAGAGGCUCUUAG